UCUAUCGAAGAACUAUAAAAGCAGCAAUAUGAGAACUGCAAACAGGUAUCCUUCCGUUACCAGACUCUCUGUCAUUUUUCUAUCAUCAGACUUGACCAAUACUCGAGAAUAGCAUCAUGAAACUGGUAGGAACCAGCAAUGCCGCUCUCGCCAUGAUAGCAAUCAUCAGUGCGAUGUCAGCGGCAGCACAGAACAUGUCGUACGGAGCCAACAACUUCUACCGCAGCAACAACGUGACGCUCCAGCCGAUUACCUUCCAGAAUCAAUACCAGAUGACUAUCGCGGGCAACCUCUUUACCCUCAAGGAUCUUAAUGUCAGUGCCAAAUUGCCUGCUAUUGUCGUCAGCCACCCUAUGGGCGCCGUGAAGGAGCAAAGUGCAAAUCUUUAUGCUACGAAAUUAGCCGAGCAGGGCUUCGUCACAGUCUCGCUCGAUCUUAGCUUCUGGGGAGGCAGCGAGGGUGAACCACGCAACGCAGUGCUGCCAGAUCUUUACGCAGAGGCGUUCAGCGCAGCAGUCGAUUAUCUCGGGAUGCAGGACUUCGUGGAUCGUGAGCGUAUUGGUGCCCUGGGCAUCUGUGCCAGCGGUGGCUUCGUGAUCAGUGCGGCGAAGAUUGACCCGCGCAUGAAGGCUAUCGCGACAGCAAGCAUGUACAAUAUGGGCGCUGUCAAUCGCAACGGGCUGCGGAGGUCUCAAAGUGUCGAGCAGCGCAAGGAGGCCAUUGCUGCCGCGGCGCAGCAACGCUGGACGGAAUUGGAAGGCGGCGAGGUUCAGUAUACCAGCGGCACUCCCAGUCAUAUCACGCCCGAAUCACCUCCUGUUGCGCGAGAGUUUUAUGACUUUUAUCGUACAUCUCGUGGCGAGUUCACACCUGCUGGUUCGUCACCGAACCUUACGACGCACCCAACGCUCUCCAGUAACGUGAAAUUCAUGAACUUCUAUCCGUUCGAAGAUAUAGAGACGAUUUCGCCGCGUCCACUUCUGUUCAUCUCGGGCGACCAGGCUCACUCGCGCGAGUUCAGCGAAGCAGCUUACGCGCGUGCUGCUGAACCGAAGGAGCUGUUAUGGGUUCCAGGAGCUGGCCAUGUCGAUCUGUAUGAUCGUGUGGACCUCAUCCCAUUCGGCAGACUCACCCAGUUCUUUCGGACAAACCUCAGGCGAAAUGAAAAUUGAAGAAUGUUAGUCUAGUUCAAAGGAUUUAGCUGUGAAAACGACGAACGAGAUUUAUAUUUAGUUCAUAACUGAUAUAUAAGCGAUCAAUGUAACUAUAGUGUCCCUAGC